AUGUCGACUUCAAGUAGUGCAAAAAACACAAUCACGAACCGGAAAUCGCCGGCCGAGGUCCAGAUAGGCCAACUACAUGAAAUACAAGCUGUAACUUCGUCGCACGGUGUGCCGAUCCGGUACGUCGAUGCCAAGAGCGCCACGUCAGACCAACAGGUGCUGGCGGAAAUUGGUUACAAGGAAGAGCUGAAGAGAGAGUUUUCAUCGAUCCAAAUUUUCGGUGUGGCAUUCUCUAUCAUGGGCCUUCUGCCCUCGAUAGCAUCCACGCUCGAUGGCGGGCUUACAGCAGGUCCCGUGGGUCUCAACUGGGGCUGGUUUGUGGCUGGUGGCCUCAUCCUAACAAUCGGGAUAGCAUUGGCCGAGUUGUCGUCGUCUAUUCCCACAGCAGGAGCUGUCUAUGUCUCGUGCUACCAAUGGGCUCCACAACGAGUCCGCAAAUGCAUUUCUUUUUCUGUCGGGUUUUUGGAUACGCUUGCGCUGAGCGCUUCGGUGUGUUCCAUUGUCUACGGGCUGGCCCAACAAAUCCUGUCGGCUGUGGUGGUCACAAACCCCGAUUUUGAUGUCACCAAUCCCAUUAGUUAUGGUGUUUUCGCGGCCUGCAUCGUAUUGAUGACGGCUCUAACCUCAAUGACCUCCAAAUUUACUUCAAAACUGCAAACCGUGUCUAUUGUCGCGAACUGUUUUGUUAUCGUUUUGCUAUUUAUUGUAUUGCCAAUUGGUGUCAAGCGCUCUGACAAGCUUAAUCACAGCUUCAACGACGCCAAGUUCAUUUUCGGUAAAGUUGACAACCUCAGCGACUGGAACAGUGGCUGGAAUUGGUGUAUCGCUGGUAUGAUGCCUGCUAUCUGGACAAUCGGUGCUUACGAUUCAUGUCUACAUAUGGCAGAAGAGGCUCGCGAUGCUCCCAGAGCCGUUCCCUUUGGUAUUGUUGGCUCUAUUUCUGUGUGCUGGAUCCUCGGAUGGCUUGUAUGCAUUGUGCUACUAGCGUGUAUGGACCCAGAUGUUGAUAACAUUGUCAACUCAGCCUACGGUCAAGGUAUCACCCAAAUUUUCUACGAUGCCCUCGGGAAAAGGUGGACUUUAGGAUUCCUUUCGCUUUUGAUCAUUUGUCAAUUCCUCAUGGGUGCCUCUACUGUCGUUGCCAACUCAAGACAAUUCUGGGCUUUUGCAAGAGACGAUGCCAUUCCAUUCAGUGGGUUUUUCAAGAAGGUUAGCGGAAGAACAGCUGUUCCCGUUCGUGCUGUCUGGGGUUCUAGUGGUCUUGCGUUAGCCCUCGGGUGUCUAUGCUUUGCUGGUGAUACUGCAUCGGAUGCAUUGUUCAGUUUGUCAGUGGCGGGUAUGUAUAUGGCCUUAAUCUUCCCUAUUACUUUGAGACUCACCUACGGGAAGAAAGAUUUUAGACCCGGUCCCUUCUACUUGGGGGAUUUUUGGUCCCCUAUCAUCAACUGGAUUUCCGUUUUUUUCCAGGCAUUCGUCAUAAUUAUGAUGAUGUUUCCAUCUAAUAAGAGUGUCGCGCCAGAUUCUAUGAACUACACAGUUGUAAUUGGUCCUGGAUUUUGGGUAGUUUCUCUGAUAUACUACUUCCUAUGGCAACGGAAAUUCUACAAAGGUCCUAAGUCGAAUUUGACAGACGAAGAGUUUCAAGAGUUUGUCGGUGAAGAUGUCAUUGAUGCAAUUAUGUCCCAUAACGCUGAAGUUCACAAGGAUCGCAUGGUAUGA